CACUGUACCCUUGCUAAAAUAGACAUCACAGACUUGUAAAUGCCUUUGACUCAUUAACACACACAAGGGUUACGGUUUAUAUUUUCAGUACUUUAAUAUUUCAUGAGUCAGUCCAUUUAGUCUACACUCUCCAUUAACUGUUAAAGUUUAACACUACUUGCAAGCUGGACAGAGCAUCACAGGGAAAUUUAAAUUUGCAUCAAAAUCUUAAAGAAAUCACAAUGAUGGUCGUGACACCCAGAUCCUUUGAAAUAAAUGUAAUACGUAAUAUUAAAUUGGUGUUGUAAUACAUUUUGCAGACAACAUAUUUAAUGUAGACAUUAUAUCACACUCAUACAUUUACACAAUAGUGCAAAUUUUGGUUAAUUAAUAAAUAUAAAAAUUAUAAACUGUAUAUUAAAAAAAAAAACCUAAAACAAAAAAAAACGAUAUAGUAUAACAAGUUACGUUAAUUGUUUACUUUUCAGUAUUUGGCCAAAAAGUUACCGUGUCAGAAAUCCAAGGAGUUUCAUAGAAAGAAAGAAAAUUUUGCUGUUAACACUGUGUCCUGUAGGUGAUGCUGGUGUUUCACUGUGUGUAAGAGACUGAAAGUGUACAAUGACCGCCGGAGAGUGACUGACAUCAAUCCCACAAACACACUCAAAUAUACAGGCUAGCAAUGUAAAUGGUUUAAAAAAAAAAAAAAAAAACCCAAAGACUGAUGAACAUCUGCACAAAGACUGAAAUAAUACAAUGAUUACACUCAUAUGUUUAUAAACCUUUAAAAAAAAAAGGAGACCACCUUUGCACUCUGAGUUUUCAUGCCUGUUCCAGCAUGUUUGUGAAUAUGCUUCAAUGUGUGCGUCUGUGCUUCUAAGCUUAUGCUGGACUGUGACCAGGUCUGAAGAACAUCCACUCAUGCAUGUAAAACAUGUGUUUUUUGUAUCAUGCCUGUGCACAUACGUGUGUGUACAUACGAGAGUGUGUGACCUUUAACCUCUCCUCUCUUCAUACCAUCUCUUUCUGCAGACACAAAUGAACCUGAUCAAUCGCUCCUCUUAUUCUCAAUCCGCCCAAUUAUCCCUCGUUUAUCCUCCUAUUAUUUCCACUUCUACUCCAAACCUCUCUCUCUCUCUCUCCCUCUCCUUCCCAAUUACCAUUCCAUGUAGGGAGCAAUGCUUGCUGGGUAAUGAGGGACUCUGGGCGUACCAAUCUUAUCUUAAUAGCCUUAAAGGGCCACUCAUUAACACAAACACUCACUCUGUCUUUCGUGCUUGCGCGCACGCACAUACACACACACACACACACACACACACACACACACACACACAUCUGUCCACGCACAUCAUGACAUAGAGAGAGAUGGAGUGACAGAAAGAGGGAAUGAGCGAGGAACUUGAUGGAAGCAGUAGGAGAGAGAGAGGGAGAGAAUGAGACAGGAGAGAGGAAGGGGAUGGUGGGAGAGAAGCAAUGAGGAGAGGGUGAGGCACGCCGGGGGAAGAGGAGGAAUGAGGGGGGAGUCUGGUAAAUGUCAGCGGUGUGUCUCCUGGGCCUGAGAGACGAGUUAGUGACAGGAGAACAAUGGCCGCUGGAUCCAUUCAGAAACACAGCUGCUAUGAGUGCAUGCCUGGAUCUGUCGUCUGUUUAGCCAUCAACCAGCACUUGUAAAGGCAGAACUAAACACAUACACACACACUGAUACAAAAAUGCAUUCCUGGUACACAUCCAGCCACACACAAUUGUGCAUCCGGACACACAAGGUAAGCCCUGGAUGUUAUAGGGGAUCAGUCGCGAUGUGGAUGGCUUAGUCAGGGCUGUCAGUCAGUAACAGCCCCUGCAGACUCAUGUAAACUGGCCAGUUGAACAUAAGUCCUGCAUACUCAUAUCUUCUCUGCCACUGCUUCUUUUCUUCCCUCUGUCACCAAAGGAUAAAGCGGGCAAUAGUCUAUAUUUUCAUUACUGUCAACAAAACUGUGAGGGGGACCAAAAACAACAAGGAAUUCAUCUGACUAGUAAGUCACGAGGCCCGAUAUGGUUCAUUCCUUCCUUUGUCCAAAAACUAUUAAAAAUGCAUAAAUUACAUGUUUAAGGGUGAUACAUUCAGGACAGAAAAGUCAGACAGUACACUGAGACAGUCUAACAUAUUGUUGGCUUCAAUCUUUUCAUGGGAUUUGUUGACUAAGAGAAAUAUUGAACAACUCUAGCCUAACCUUUUAAUCCAGGUAACUGCCUCCUCUUUACAUGUAUAUCUAUGUAUAAAAUGUUUAACCUCUCCUCAUUCCUUCUGUUGUAUCUAGUUGCUCAUGUCUAACACUGUAUUUGCAGCAGAAUUGCAGAGGGUUUCAUUUUAUUCCCUCACAGAGCUGCAGAAGUAAACCUGUGUUUUGUUUUGGUUUUUUUUUAUUUUUUAUUUUGGCACCUGAACUCUGUGUUGGAUACCUCCCACUUCAUUCUCUCCUGGACAGUAGCUAGAUCACUUAUCGACUCAACCAGGCUUAUAACGCCAAGCUAUUACCUCUGUCUCUAACUCUCUCACACACACAAACAGUCAUAAAGCAGGUCUGUGAUCUAGCUGCGGGCCUCCGCACCCCCAGGGCUUCAUUUAGGAGUUGUCAGAAAUCACUUUACUCACAGAAGACAGUAAGCACUAUUGGCAUAUUCUUCUGUCUGCAGAGCAAAUGCAACCCUACCCGACCCCUCCCAACUUUACACUCACCAAGACACUAAAAGAGACACAUCUCUAUCAGUGUAUGCUUAUUGCUCUCAUUGGGUAAUUCUCUGUGACAGUGGGAUAUGAACAAAAGUAUGUCUGUCUUUGUCUUAUUUGCAUAGCGCGUUUGAUUUGGGCAGUUUGUCUGUUGGGGUCUCUGUGUGUACCAAAGGCUGAAAGGUUCCAUUGUGCUGAUGAAGUGUUUGCUUUAGAGAUAAGGAGGCACAGAUGAGACAUCGAUCAGCACUCAUUAAACACCUUCAACUGUGGUGACCCACACUAGCACACAAACACAAACACAGAGCCUCACAUUCACAUGCACACACUCACCUACAUGCACAGGUACAAGAUGACAAACAGAAAAAUGUAUUGAAGCUCUGAAUGUAUUUGAUCUCAUUCUAGCCUCGCAUACAUCGGUCACCUGCCAUGUGAGUGGCUCUCAAAGCUUGUAUUGACAGCUGACUUAAAAUGCUUGUUGUCAGUAGACUUAUCCAUUAAGCUGUGACACUGCUCUCUCUCCAUAUAGACACGCCGACUGGCCAGGGCCUUAAGCAGUGAUUAUGGUGUUGGGCAGUGGGAGCUGGGGGCUGUACUGUCAUUAGUCUGGUUAAUCAGAGCCUUGCUCCAGGUUAAGCUCCGCAGCCUCAAGAGACAGGCUGAUGAGCUGAGAGCCGUGCCCAGCCUACAGUUCUCGGGUCUGGGCUCCAGCGGCUCCCCUGGCCCCUGCCUGCUCCAGCCAGUAAUCUAUAACUCUCCCCUGGAGCACAGCGCGGAGGCUCAGCCUCCUGGACAACACUGACACAUGAUGCAUGGUAAUGAGACACACACAGAAUGACACACUGUCACACACACCUGUUCGCACAUACCCACACUUCCCACUGAUGCAGUGUUAGCAAUCAUCACUGAGUUUUUGCGAGUUUGCUCUGCUCUUCUUCCAAGAGCGGUGUAUUAUGCUCAAUAGCACUCCAAAAACAAGCGAGUCCCUCUGAGUCGUACCAGUUAGCUGUGACCUUGACUUAAUGACCAAUGUGAUUCGACAUCUAAAUGCUUAACUACCCCUGUCUGUGGAGCACAGUAACAACCAGCUCAGCAGAAUGAGUGUAUAAUGACCACAGGGACUGUUGGGUUUUCAAACAAGAACUACCCAGACACACACACUCAUACACAAACAAAUUCCCACGAGGGCACAAGGGGCCUCAGCUCCGCAGGGACCCUCCAGAGAGGUGUAUCUGAUCCAGGCCUGCCAUUGGCCAGCCUCCUCUAACCCAGCGUCCCCUGUGAGCUCAUUAGCCCCAAUCAUAACCACUUCCCUAUGUCUACUUUACACGCUCCAUCCAUUGCCAUCCUGCCACACACAAAUUACACCCUCCAUCAGGAUUGGAUGGAUAGCGUGUGUCUGUGACUGUAGGAAUACAUGUGUGUUUAAAGGACAAGGAAGGUCGGAGAGCCCCGUGAGCCCCCAACAUUUCCCAGUGGACUUUGCAGACCCUACUAGAGCAGAGAGGAGUGGGCGGGAGGAGACAGGAGAGGAGACAACUGGAGGUGAGAAGUAGGCAGAAGGAGGUUAAGAAGUGUGUUUUCAGGUGAUGAAGUGGGUGACCAGGUUUCAGUUCAGGGCCCCUACACUGCUCUUUUGUGCUGUGUGACCCAGAUGGGCGGCAAGGGAGAAAAAUAGGAAGGAGGGGGAGGCUGAGAGAAAUAAAGAAAAAGGCUUUUCAUAUAACAAAUUAGAGUAGGCUGCAGACACAGGAAGGACCCCAGAGAACCACAGAAUGGGAUGAGACAACAAAGAGCCCCAUCAUCAAUUUAGUGAAUAGAUCUGUCUAUCUAUCCCUUUUAUCUCCCUCCGCUCUUUUUUUUUCCACCAUCUCUUCCUCUCUUAAUCAGCCUCUCAUUGUGCCAUUAGCUGAACCUGUAGUCUUAAUCAGAGGCUUGGCAACAGACAUCAUAGCUAUCCAUUGCCCUUCUCACACACCUCCACACACGCGCACAAACACUAAAUAAACACAUUUUAAUGCGACACCAAUCAUGUCAUCUCCUCAAUGAGCCCGUCCUCCCCUCCCUCUUGUAGCCCACAACCCAAACAUAACACAUGGGACGCCCAUCUCUCCCAUCCAUCAGUCAGGCAACACACUGCUGGUCUAAAAGUGUGUGUGUAUGUGUGUGUGUGUGUGUGAGUGUGUGUGUGUGUGUGUGUGUCCUGAGGGAAAGGAGAAUGAUUUUAACUCAGUAACCUGAAUCACCUCCUAUCCCAAAUCUUUGCAUGAAUACUGUAUACACACUCACACACACACACUCUCUUUCUCUCUCUCUCUCUCUCUUAUGCAUGUCAGUGAGUGUGUAUUGAUAAUGGCCAUUAGCAUAUUUAUGAUCAUUGCCAGCCUCUUAUUGUUUGCUUGCUCCAUUAAUCUUCAUCUGCUGCCUGCCGACUGACAGCUCAAUCUAACAGGCCAUCACUGGGCACUGGGCACACACACACACACACACACACGCACACACACUAAGAAUGCAUGGUUGUACAUAAAGCAUACUUGUAUCAACAAUCGAGGGGGGCAUUGUCUCACACAUGCAGACACACAUUCAGGAAGACAGCGUGAUUGACAUUCACCCCUGUGAGUGUAAUCACCGGAGGUUAUCCUCCCCAGCUGUGUGAGAAUCUGCUUCAGCUCCUCCUGCUCAGCGCUGCGGUGUCAUACCCGCAAGCGAGUGUGAGUUCCUUCUGGGCCAUAGGUGGGCUGUGGUUCCCCUUGAUCAGGGUGUACCAAGCCAGCCUCCCUCUUUACAUCUGCCUGCACACACCCGCUCCACAAAUGCACCACUGUGUAUCUCAACCCUCGCCCCUCAUCAUUAAAGAAAGCUUUCGGUGUUUUCUCUCAGCCAGUCCCCAUCAGCUGUACGCCAAAUGUACCCCUCAGGCCAGCGUCUGUAAAGCCACAAACGCUCCCCUUCAUCUGUGGGUGAAAAGCGUAAAAAUCUGAAAAUGCAGCAGGUAAGAGUGCUGAAGAAAACCCAGGGAGCUAAAAUGUGGUUUACUUGCGUGUGUGUGUGUGUGUGUGUGUGUGUGUGUGUGUGUGUGUGGGUGCAUUAAGAUGUGAUGACAGCAUGUGCAUGCGCAAGUGAGCUCUCCUGUAAUGUUCGCUCAAAUGUUAAUGUGUUUGUUUAAAGCCAGUAUGACUGACUCACAGCCGAUUACUGGGUGAAUGAGCGCUGGAAGCGAGCCAAGUUCAAUGGGCGGUCUGUUCUCCUGUUGCCUCUUCCUUUCUCUUCCCUCUCCUCACUCCCUCCCCCUCUUCUUCCUCCUCCUGAAUCACCCUGCUGCUCCAGGAAGAACAACCAGGGAGCCAGGAUAUCUGUGUGUGUUUGUGUGUGUUCAGAUGUAGGCUUAUCUGGGACAUAAAUUUAACAUUGCAGAUGAAUUCAAGCAGAAAUUUCAUGAUAUGAUUACCAAAUUCACUUCUAUGCUAGACCUGAUUUAUAGCUCACAACUAACAUUACUGAAUAUAUUUAAGGUAUAUUCAGCAUCUUGACCUGGGAUAGUUUGGGUUAUACCAACACAGAAGCUGAGCGAUGGACAUCUGUGGACAGAUUCAGCUGCAAAAAAAUGCUUUUUUUUCUGGGAGAAGAGCUCCAGCAUUUUGCUGCCAAGUUGAAAGAUCCAAGCUUCCUCAGAAAGUGCUCAUCUCCGUCUUGUACACUGCGUCAAUGUUGGUCCUACUCCAGUCUGCUGUUAAAGUGGACUACCAAUAGUGCUUCACAACUUCAGCCUGAUUAUGAUAAUGGUCGUGGUUGUAGUUUUCCUCCUUAAGUCGACCAUCAUCACCUUGGUCUUGUCCACAUAUAGGAGCAGAUGAUUCCUGCUGCAGCACACCACAAAGUUAUUUACCAGUUACCUGACUCCAACUCCUGGCCAUCUCUAAAAUUGCCCCCCCACCACAGAAUCAUCAGAGGACCUCUGAUUGAGAGUUACACUGGAGGUGAACAGAGUGAGCAGAAAUGGAGACAGGACACUCCCCUGUGGCACUCCUGUGUUACUAACCACCACAUCAGACAGGGAGGUCCUUGGCCGAACAAACUGGGGCCUAUCUGGCAGAUAGUGAGAGAUCCAGGAGACAGUAGACCUGCUGACAUCCAUCCUGAGCAGCUUCGCGCAAGACAGAACUGGUUGGCUGGCAUUUAAAGCACUGGAAAAAUUGAAAAAUAUGAUUCUCACAGUGCGGCCACCCGGUACAACCCAGGUAAGAGCAAACACGCUGAAGCACGUAGAUAUCAACAUCAACAUCGUCCGCCCCCUCAUUAGGCUUGUAGGGUCCAGAGAAGAUUUGAUCUGCGGUCCGAGGUGAGCCAGAACGAGUCUCUCCAGUACCUUAAUGACAUGUAACUUUAGGGCAACUGGUCUGAAAUCAUUGGGGCCAGAUGGGGUGGCCUUUUUGGGUACUGGCAUCAAGGAGGAUUUCUUCCAUAGCUCCGGUAUCGUUCUCAGGAGUGAAGAUGUGUCCUUCUAGGCUGCCACCCUGCUGACGGUCUUUGAUGUUGAAGCCUGCCCAUCAUCACGUCCUUGAUGUUGUUCUGCUGGAGUUUAUCCUCCAGCUUCUGUCCUUAAUAACACGCGCUACGUGAAGAAGUAGUUUGUUUAGUAUGUCUGUGGUGUGGUUUAAACACGCAUGCCACAGAAGAGAUUAUCUUCAUUACAAAACAACAGGGGAGGGUUUGAGGUACCAACUGUGGAGUGGAUUUAUAAUGCUACAAGCUCGUUUUAAGCUAUGAAAUUGUACAAACAUUCCUGCUUUGUGUUUUCUGGUAUUAAUGCUAAUACACCCAGAUGUUUUUCUGUUGUAAAUGAGAACAGCAGUAAAGGAUCCGAAGUUGGGAAGAAUCAAAUAAUAUUCACAACACCAGUGUGUGUGUGUGUAGUCUCAGUCUAAACAAUAAACGUCGGAGGCACAUCCCUGAUUUGUGGAAACUUUGGUGACUAUUUAAUCUUAUCAAUGAGUUAAAUAUUCUAUUAUGAGAACAGAGUGUAACCCACUUUUGUUUUUUCUUCCUGUUAUCUUGUGUUGUUUCUUAUCUUCUUAUAUGGACCGCCUCAAUACUGAUGGACAUUUCCUCAUAACUUUUCAUCUGAAACAAGACUGCUAACAUUUUUAUUGAUAAACCUAGCGUGAAUUAAGUGAUGUCUGAUGCAUGAAAUCUAUGGACUCAUUUAUCUUUAAGCUGUAAGAUGGUUUAAACCAGAAAACACAGGGUAGAACAAGUCGUAAUGCUUCUCUUUCCUGCACCAUAAAGCUAUUUUUAUAGAGGCUAUCUAUAAUAUUCCACUAUCAGAGAUUAUAGAAGUUUUAUUGUGAUCUCCCACAGAGAGAUGAGUUUUAUGUAGCUUUAGUAAAUCAUUCCUUUCCUCUGUGAAACCAGCUCCAAUGACUGUUUGCCAGUGUGAGUAGAAGAGUUGUGCAGUGUUAACAUUUAUGAGGUGUAAGCUAAUAUAUUUGAAUAGUUUAUGGAAGUAGUAAAGUGUGAAAUACAUAAUUUGCUAACAUGUACCAUGUAAAACAGCUCUUAAAGAUGAGCUGUGAAUACAAAUGCUGAUUUCCUAUUGUUUAAGCAUAUUCUAUCAUUCAUGACCAGAAAGGCUCUUUCUCCCCUCUGUACGCCCGCUCACAGUAAAACCCCUCCUGUCAUCUGUACAGAAUGUGACAACAUUUGGAGCGAGAGGGAUGGUCAGAUAUAUGCGUAUUUAUGUCUCUAUACAUCAGAGAAAGCUGAAGAUUGUAAUCUUAAAGCUUUGGUUUUGAAACGUUUUUGAAGCUGCCAUAUAUCGAGUCUAUAACUGCACAGCUCACUUACAUCACGUAUCUAGUGUACAGAAUUAUAAAUACAUUAUAUAUCAUACAACUGCACUAACACAAACUCAUCUGAAGGUCCAUAUUUUCACAAAUAUUCCAUGUUUUUUCUAAAUCUUUAUAUUUAGUUCAGUGAUUUUCUUCCCUAAUUCAUUCAUUAAUUCUGAUGAUUUUUAUAGGCCUAUUUUGUAUUCAUUGUGAUGGAUAUAUUUCAUUUGUAAAGUCACAUGACUAAUUCAUGACAAAUUGUCAGUAACCUCUUGGUAUAUUAGAGCAUUUAAUAUAUCAUUUAUUAUAAUGUUUAUUAUUAAUUAGUCUUAUUCUCGCUCUGCAGCGUCUGGCACUAAAUGUAACUGAAAAAUGUUCAAUGUUCAAAAUGAGAGAAAGGAUUUUGUCCCCAUUUGGUUUGUAUCAGUUUUGCUAAAAUGUUACAAGAAUCUCAGCAAUAAUUUAAGAAAAUACACAAACAUUUUGCUAUAAUGACUUCUAUCAAUCUUAGCUCUUCAUUACCAAGUUCAUUUCAUGUUAACCUGCAUAACAAACAGUGUAUAGUGCGCACUAAAAACCAUCCAGUUCUUGCACUGCAGUUACAUUUCAUGUAUAUUUCUGUGUUUUCAAGGCAAUGAGUCCAUGACCCGGUUACUGGUACAGGAAGAAGAGUUCAGAUUGAUGUAUUAACACGAACUGUGUUUCUCUCAUCAUCAGCUUCAUUUAGCUCAUGAUUAACUCCCAAUCACGAGGCAUGAUUAAAAGUCGGAGUAAAAAUAUUCCAUACAUAUUUAAUAUUCCACUAACAAGGAAACCAGCUCCCAAACUGCCAACAAAAUAGAUAUACACCCAUAACACACACACACUCCCACAUACAUCUCUCCUUUCCUUGCCUGAAAACACACACCUAAACAUUUUGCGGCUAUCUCCCCCACACCCCGGUGCUGGCUAGGUGGAAUUAGAAAACCAACCCCGCGGUCUCAUUAAUUAAUUAAACACCAUGUGCCAGUGGCACCUGGGUACCGGUUAUCACUGCCACUCAGACACACCGUGAUCUCAAUAACCACCCCACCACAGGGCACUGAGAGAGCAGGGAGGUGGGGGUGGAGAGGACAGAAGGGACAUCGAUUUUUCUUUCACAACUUUGAGGUAAAGACAAGAAGAGAGAAAAGGGAGACUUCAGACAUCAUCUUUCUGUGUAGGUAGCAAAGUGGGACACAUUCACUCUGAACUAAUACAGAGGAGCCUGGUGAGUGUUUACUGCUGUGUGUUUUUGUGUGUGUGUCUUUGUCGCCCUUACAGGCUCCACGGGACCCUUUUAUCAUCUGGCCUAGAAGGGGCCCUAAAUCACUGCAGGACCGCCCUCCUCAUCAUCUCCUCUUAAUACUUUUGCAUGUGGAAACACUGCAGAAACACACACACACACACACACAAACAUAUAUACACAUCUGCUUUUAUUCUUGCUCUAUUAGCAUUUUGCAUUCUUAAAGCCGUCUAUAAAUAAGUAGUGUGGUUCAUAUUCUUAAUUUUUUCCCAAUUUUUACUCAAAACAUAUUCACUGUAUAUUGUGUGCUGUGGAGACAACACGUUUUGACUAGUGUAAUUUAAUAAUUUACCCAACAUAAAGGCUGUCGAAAGCCAAAAACCAAAAGCUCAGGUAUUUGCCAUGUAAUCUAUAAUUACUUUAUAAAAAAAUAAGUUAAAUAUGAAAAUCACACAUAGGCUCAUUAGUUUAAAACAAGGACAAUAUGGAUUUCCUAUGGUCAUGAAAAAAGCACUGCAUCUGGCACAUUUCCUCUAUCCACAGAGCUAAGUCACUAAUGCUACACUCGCAUAUUGUCUUCAAUUAUGUUUUAUGCACUACUACCAACUUUUACCAUGUUUCAUGUCUUAUAUUGUACAUAAAACAUAUAUAGGUGCUCACAAGGCAAAUUUCUAAAAACUACCCUAAAAUGUCAAUAAGUAUCUCAUAAUGAAUCUUAUUUAUUUACGGGGUAGAUUAGCAACAAUUAAUCUGUGUCUGCUAUUGAAUGGCCAAACAGUGACCGAUCAAACAACCAACAACAAAACAAAUCACAGUCACAGUUUUAAGUAUAGAGCUGGGAUUUUCAACCUAGACCGAAUAUUAAAUAAAAACUUUUUUUUUUUUAUUCUAUUUUCACACAUAAGAAAAUAUGAAGCUCACAUACAUAAAUUGACAUAUCUCUGUGAUAUUCCAAACCUGAUUAUCUAUUUUAAAUGAAACCAAGGCCAUCGACACUAAUUGGACCUAUAGGGACAAAUAAUUUGCAGUUUUGAAAAACAAGCUGUAUUACUGCUGGUUUCUUUGCGUUUCAGCUUUUGAAAUUGACUCAGAUUAUUCAGAAAUGUCUGAAUCAAUAUGAGAUGUGGGAAUUGAAAACUAAGUGCAGGUGAGCCACACAUUUUAAACAAACUGAGACAAAUGACAGAAACAAAUAUUUCUGAAUAUGAAAUAUGAUUGAGGCUCAUAGUGUCUGACAGCAUAUUACAGCAUAUAUUAGAUUAAUAGGUAACAUAUUAGGUUGCCUAUCAUCCUGAAACAGUUACAGUCAAGGCUAUCUGUGACUGCACUUGUGACGGCAUUUUACACAACCUGAUUACGGCGUCUUAAUAUUUCAAAAACACACUUUAGUCUGUCUGUUGACUCCAGCUCACAGCAACAAUGGAUCUUUUGGGAAACUGGAACAGCAUUUUUCCCCAAAUGACACGACAACAGAUUGAUCAGAGUGUGUCCACAGCAGAGAUUGGAGACCUGAUUGAGUUUGUGAACCCAUUACUGGGAUUGUCUCUUUGGGGUGUUUAUGUUGGAGAAGGCCAUGUUAUCCAUUUUGGGGUAGGAGAUGAAAACAUGACACAGAAAGCCUGCCGCAGCUUCAUUCAACAAAUGGUUCCAAAGUCGAAUGGUGAUCGUGUUCUGAAGAAGACCAAAGUCUGCAAGCAGUGCAUUACGGAUAUCAAAGUGCCUCCAGCAACUCGAAUCAGGGUCAACAACAACAACCACAACCUGGUUCCAUCACCACUGGAGAUGAUGACACAUCGCUGUGAGACUUUUCUCCACCAGGAGUUCAAGUACGACCUCAUGAACUUCAACAGUGAGCAUUUCGCCACGUUUGUUCGACAUGGCUACGCAGUGUGCAACCAGAUUCCCUUUAAGAAAAAGAAUGAAGCGCAUACAGAUACAACUGAAACUCUGCAAAUGAUAAUGCAGCAACGGAUGGAGACAGAAACUUGAGAUCCUCUGUGGUGCCUCUCAUGCACCUCUGUAACACUAACUUAGUUAAUGAGGAAAAUAAAAAAAAAUCCCUCACUGCUACUUUGAG